AUGGACGAGUUGGACAGUACGCUAUUUGGCAGACCAACUGGAGUGAAGGCAAAACCGUCUCUAGGGAACCUCGACUCACUUUUCGAAGACUCUAAAAAGCCGGCAGCAAAGAAGCCGUCAGUAUCGUUUCUAGAUGGGGUCUCAUCCUCCACGUCAGCAUCACAUACACCUGGGAAGAGUGCGUUGGACGAUCUCUUUGCGGAACCACCACCCGCCCUUGGGUCUGCCGGAACUUCAACGCCUGCUCAGACUAUCGCUCGACCAGCACGGCAACAAGCAAGAAGCAGUGGAACCCUGGGAUCUCUCCUAGGUGCUCCUCGAAAAGAAAAAGAAGCUGCCCCACAAGCGGUAGCACCGAGUUCAGCACCAACGUCUGCUCCCGCUCCACCUCAACCUGCAGUACGAGCUCCGGAAGACGUUCUGAGAGAGAAAAGACUGGAAAACGAAGUAGAGCGGCUCCACCGAGAGAUAGAUGAGUUGAAGAGACGGAAAAAGGAAGACGAAACUGAUCUUGAAAACUUAUGGAAGGAAAAACUAUCAAAAAAGGAUCGUGACUGCUCUGACGAGUUGAAAAAUUUGGAAGAUUACUACCAAAAACAGUUGUCAAAACUGAAUGGCGAACAUGAAAAAGAGUUAGAAACCUUGAAGAUCACGUACGAACGUCAACUAGAGGUCAUACAACAAUCUACUGGAGAGUGGAGGGAUGUCACUUCAGUGGUUAACAAGGUUGACACCUUGUCUUCCACGCUGCAUCAACUGGCCGACAGUGUCACUAUGGUGACCGAUCGGUCGCUGCUCGAAAAGGAAACAACAUUGCGGAUACGAGAAGAACAACUAAAAGAUCGUGAACAGAGGCUUAUCGAGGAAAGAUCUCAGUUUGAGGACGAGCGCAAAAAGGUUUAUGAGCUGAACGCAAGGUUGAACGAACUCUGCAAAGCCCAAGAAACAAUCAUUGGACAGGACAAGUAUCGCGUUCGAGAGGAAUGGAAUCGUCUGAAUGCGGAAAAGCAAGCAUUCAUGGAGGAUCAAAAGUUCGUUCUGCAGAAUAUUGAGAAACAGGCCGCCGCAGUUGAAAACUCCAAGUCCACGUUUUUCCAUGAACAACACGAUCUCCUUACUCGCAUGAGCGCCGAACGACAACUUUUUGAACAAGAGAAAAACGAGUUCCACGGGUUGAAGGAAGAAGCCACGGAGCUACAGCAAAGAGCCGACAACAUUUUAGCUGCCGAGACUCAAAUAGAGAAGUUAAGAAGACACUAUGAACUUAAAACAAGACAGCUGCAAGAGUUAGAGAUUUCGUUGAUGGAGGAAUGCCUGGAAAUGGAGAAUCUUCGUGCUCAGAUGACAAAAUCUAAGUCUCAAGCUUUGGAGAACGUGAACCGGGAAUACGUGCUCGACAAGCCUGCAUCUGCUAUUGAUCCCAGUUUCGCCCCUUCGUACAACGAUCAAGAAUUUUCUCAAAGGAAGGAUAGUGUGAGCAACGUCCUGAAGAAGCACUCCGAGUUCCUCGAACGAUAUAUGGGACAAAAAGUAGCGGCCGUUGCUCCUCGUCCAGUCAACUUCAACUCGCCAUGA